CCGGGGAGGGAGCCCCGGGGGCGCGCGGGGGCGCAACUUUUGCGCCGGGGCCGAAACUUUAAUUACCUUUAAAGAAAAAGGCCUUCGGAUCGCCUCCUCCCUCCCCCCCCUUCUGGCCGCGGCGGGGCCCACAGCGCGACCGUGAGAGAAAGUUUCAAAGCGGGCGGCUUCCUCCCCGCCCCGCCCGCCCUCGCCGCCAUCCGUGUGUCCGUCUGCGCGCGGGCAGAGGUGGGGGCGGCGAGCCGGGGCCCGCUCCGCACCCCUGCACGGGCAGACCAAGGAGACGUCUUGGGGGUGGAAAAACAAUCCUAAAGACCACCAGAGAGUUAUUUCUUCACUGCCACUAGUUUCAAAAAUAAACCAUGACUGAAUCUGCGUCUAGCGCAAGUGGCCAGGAGUUUGACGUCUUCAGUGUUAUGGACUGGAAAGAUGGAGUAGGCACAUUACCAGGAAGUGACUUAAAGUUUCGGGUCAACGAGUUCGGAGCCCUGGAGGUCAUCACGGAUGAGAGCGAGAUGGAGAAUGUUAAAAAAGCAACAGCUACCACAACCUGGAUGGUACCGACGGCUCAGGAAGCCCCGACCUCUCCCCCGAGUGCCAGGCCCGUAUUUCCACCUGCCUACUGGACAUCUCCACCUGGAUGUCCCACAGUCUUUUCAGAGAAGACCGGGAUGCCUUUCAGGUUGAAAGAUCCAGUGAAAGUAGAAGGGCUUCAAUUCUGUGAGAACUGUUGUCAGUAUGGCAACGUAGAUGAGUGUCUUUCUGGAGGAAACUAUUGCAGCCAGAAUUGUGCCCGACAUAUCAAAGACAAAGAUCAGAAGGAAGAAAGGGACAUAGGAGAAGACAACGAGGAAGAAGAUCCUAAGUGUAGUCGGAAGAAGAAACCAAAAUUAUCUCUGAAAGCCGACUCCAAGGAGGAUGGAGAAGACAGAGAUGAUGAGAUGGAGAACAAACAAGACGGGAGGAUCCUGAGGGGUUCACAGAGAGCCCGAAGGAAAAGACGGGGUGACUCGGCUGUACUGAAGCAGGGUGUGCCUCCGAAAGGAAAGAAAGCCUGGUGCUGGGCAUCCUACCUGGAGGAGGAGAAAGCCGUGGCUGUGCCAGCGAAGCUCUUCAAGGAGUAUCAGUCCUUUCCGUAUAACAAAAAUGGGUUUAAAGUUGGCAUGAAAUUGGAAGGUGUGGAUCCAGAGCAUCAGUCUGUAUACUGUGUCCUCACCGUGGCUGAGGUUUGUGGCUACCGGAUAAAAUUGCACUUUGAUGGAUACUCUGACUGCUACGACUUCUGGGUAAAUGCAGACGCUCUGGACAUUCACCCAGUCGGCUGGUGUGAGAAAACCGGCCAUAAGCUCCAUCCGCCGAAAGGUUAUAAGGAAGAAGAAUUUAAUUGGCAGACCUAUCUUAAGACAUGCAAAGCUCAAGCUGCUCCCAAGUCAUUAUUUGAAAAUCAGAAUAUAACAGUGAUCCCAUCAGGCUUUCGAGUUGGAAUGAAGCUUGAAGCUGUAGACAAAAAGAAUCCUGCGUUCAUCUGUGUUGCUACGGUAACAGAUAUGGUGGACAAUCGUUUCCUGGUACAUUUUGACAACUGGGAUGAGAGCUAUGACUAUUGGUGUGAAGCUUCGAGCCCGCACAUCCACCCCGUCGGCUGGUGUAAGGAGCACAGGAGAACACUCAUUACUCCACCAGGUUAUCCAAAUGUGAAACAUUUUUCUUGGGAUAAAUACUUAGAAGAAACCAAUUCUUUACCUGCCCCUGCAAGAGCUUUCAAAGUGAAACCUCCGCAUGGAUUCCAGAAAAAAAUGAAGCUUGAAGUCAUAGACAAAAGAAAUCCUGUGUUUAUUAGAGUCGCGACAGUUGCAGACACGGAUGACCACCGAAUAAAAGUUCACUUUGAUGGCUGGAAUAGUUGCUACGAUUACUGGGUAGAUGCAGACUGCCCUGAUAUUCACCCCGUGGGCUGGUGUUCAAAAACCGGGCAUCCUCUUCAGCCUCCUUUGAGCCCCUUAGAAUUAAUGGAAGCUUCAGAACAUGGUGGAUGCUCAACCCCAGGAUGUAAAGGGAUUGGCCAUUUUAAGAGAGUGAGGCACCUGGGCCCUCACAGUGCUGCCAACUGUCCCUAUUCAGAAAUCAAUUUGAAUAAAGACCGAAUUUUCCCAGACCGCUUAAGUGGUGAGAUGCCUCCAGCUAGUCCAUCAUUUCCAAGAAAUAAAAGGGCAGACACAAAUGAAAUCUCUUCAUCUCCUGAAAUCAGGGACCAGCAUGCUGAUGACAUCAAAGAAGACUUUGAAGAGAGAACAGAAAGUGAAAUGAGGACGUCGCAUGAAGCCAGAGGUGCCCGGGAGGAGCCGAGCGCACAGCAGGCGCAGCGUCGAUCAGCCGUCUUUCUGUCCUUCAAGUCCCCGAUCCCGUGCCUGCCGCUGCGCUGGGAGCAGCAGAGCAAACUGCUCCCCACCGUGGCCGGGAUCCCUGCCAGUAAGGUCUCCAAGUGGAGCACCGACGAGGUGUCAGAAUUCAUACAGAGCUUACCUGGGUGUGAAGAGCACGGAAAGGUGUUUAAAGAUGAACAAAUCGACGGAGAAGCCUUUCUGCUUAUGACCCAAACAGACAUUGUUAAGAUUAUGAGCAUUAAGUUGGGCCCUGCUCUCAAAAUUUUCAAUUCUAUCCUGAUGUUCAAAGCUGCUGAGAAGAACUCUCACAAUGAACUUUGAAGAUGGUGAAUUUUGAAUACCAUCAGCUUUUCUGCUUUAAAGCUCAUGUUUUAUUCAAAGCACAAGGACAGUUAUAACUCCUAUGCGAGAAGUCUCCAAAACUCGAGAGCGAUGCUAUCAGAUUAUUUAUAUUCCUCAAGAGACAGUAUAUACGAAUCCUUAUGAAAAUGCUUCGGCUUUUAACCAAGUACUGUCUAACAGCGGUCAUCCUUUGGUUCUGUUCACUGAGCUGAAUUUAUCUUUGUACAUCUUUUUGAGGCUGGGGGUGGGGUGGGGGGGAAGGGGACUUCGUUAAUUAUUUAUGGUAAAAGGGGGGAUCAGAGUAAGAACUUUUGGCAUUUUGUAAACAUUGUUGAAUUCUCUUUCAUGCACACUGUUUCUUUUUCAGUACUUUCAGAAACCUUUUUAUAUAAUCCAACUUCAACUUAUACCAAAUUAGUCAAAACCUGGCUGAGGUUGGCCAGUGGGACUGUUACCUGUAUUAUUCAUUCUGUGCCAUAUUUUGAAUUGCAACAUUAUGCUGACAAUAACUUUGCAAGUCAUGAUACUGCCUAACUGCUUGUCAUAAUUUGUUGGGGCCGAACGGUGGUAGAGAUUACUUUUCCUUAAAUCAGUGUUUUUACUUUUGCACGUAUUAUGAAAUGUUAAACAAAUUACUUUUCACCAGCAUCUUUACUAUAAUUACCAAAAACGUGUAUAUAAAUAAUGGAACUGAAAAAUAAAAUAUAUAAAUAAAUUA